AUUCGAUGUGGGUUAGCAGGCCUGACAAAACAAGGUCACUCCUUCACGUAAGGAAAUUGAACGACAGGAUAGUAGGAUAGUCCAUGAAGUCGGAACAUUGCGAUGAUAGUUCCGUUAGUUCGUCAUGUGUCGCGUUGUAGCGUGAAUGCUGUUUCGUACUUCGUUAAAUAGUGUUAAGUAGACUACUUUGUUCAACUACUGAUCCGGUGAAUUCGAAAUUGUAACGCGAAAGCGGCGAAUAAAUCUCGAGUUCAGAAAUUAGAGGAAGUCCAUACAAUCCAAAAAUUUCCGAUAUCUGGUCCCUUGGCAUAGUACUAUACAUCAUGUUGAACAAAGCUAUGCCAUUCGAUGACACAAAUAUUAAGCGCCUGCAUGAACAACAAAUGAACAGGCGAUGGAAGUUUCGUUCCAAAGUCAUUGACACUCUGAGUGAACAGGUAAAAAAGCUGGUAACUAAUUUAUUGGAACCUGAUGUAACAAAACGUUGGAGAAUGGAUCAAGUUUUGAACUCUGAAUGGGUGGCAAUGGAUCCAAGAUUACUCGCUCUAACAGCUGCUGAACAAGCUGCCGUUAAAGCGGCAGCAGACGAGAAAUCGCGGCGAAAAGGUGGCUCAGGCGAGAAAAAAACUUCAGGAAGUAAACGUAACUCUUCUCAGGAUGAAGCUACUUCGGAGGCGGUCACUGUCAUUAAAGAUAAUCGUGGCAAUCUUGGACCCGUGAAGUCCGAGAAAAUCGACGAUCCUAGAUUUAAAUCUCCCGAUGAAGAAGAUUAGGAACUUGUAAAAUGCACACUCCUUUUGUAUGCAAAUGUGGUACCAAAGCGAAAUAAACAUUUU